AUGGACUCCAAGUCUCACCAAUGUUCAAUAUGUAAAAAGUCUUUUGCUAGACCAAGUAAACUACAAUAUCAUAUUGCUUAUCAUCAUGAGAAAAAGUUUUCAUUCGAAUGUAGCCAAUGUGGAAAACCAUAUUCAAAUCAAGACCAUGUUAAUCGGCAUUACCGUAUUGCACAUCAACAAGAAAAUACAACAUCAAAAACGUUUAAUUGUAUGAUGGAUAACUGCAAAAAGAUAUUUGCCAAUAAACAAAAUCUAGAUCGACAUAUUAGAAUAGCUCAUAAAAAAAUUACAUUCAAACCAGUGAAAUGUUUCUAUUGUUUUGAUUAUGUUGACUCGUUGGCAUCACAUUUAGUUUCUCAACAUCAUUCUAUUUCAAUAGAUAAAUUAAAAUGUCUUGAUUGUUCGAAAGAAUUUUCUUCCAUUAAAAGUUUAAUUCAUCAUCGCAUUAUUCAUACAGAUCAUCCAUUGGCCGCCUUUGCGCGUUACAUACGGUUAGUAAAAGGUUGGGUGACCACCUUCGAAGACCACGAACGUCUUGAACUUGAUGUUCAAUGGGCAAUGAAUCGAUUAUUAGACGAAAUCGAACGAAAACAAGUCUUUCAAUGUGAUUUAUGCAAUCGAGUAUUCCGCUCAUUGCUACAACUUGAUCAACAUCGUAAUAGUAAAAUUCAUCAAGAUGAAUUUCAAUGUCAAUAUCCUAAUUGUGAAAAACGAUUUGUUUAUAUGAGAAAUCUUCGAAAUCAUGUCAAAAUUCAUCAUGAAAAUAUGUCACGUUUAUCAUGUCCGAUGACAUCUUGUUCAAAAACAUUUACUUGUCAAUCAUCGAUUUGUCGACAUUUAAGUCGAUGUCACUCUCCUAAUGAUAUUAUGAAACAAAUAAAUAUGAAACCAAAGAAAUCGAAUCAUCAGAAAACUAAUAUAAAAAGUUUCUUAAGCGGUUUUAAUAGUCGAAAACUUAAUCAAGAAAAUGAACUUUCAAAACAAAUGAAACAACUAUUAGAACUUUUAUUAACGGACGAUAAUCUCAUUCAAAUACCACCAGAUGAAAACAUGGAUACAGAGAAUAAUAAUAAUACUGAAGAUUCAUUCGAUGAAAACUUACUUAAAGGCUAUGAGGACAUUGGCCUUGUUGAAUUAUAA